GAAAAUGAUGAAAAUGGGAAGCUGCGUGUGAGAAAAGAGGCCAUAGACAUUCUGGAUGGGAUCAAGGAGCCGGUGGUGGUGGUGUCUGUGGUGGGACUCUACCGUACUGGGAAAUCUUACCUCAUGAACCGCCUGGCAGGACAACAGACAGGCUUUGCUCUCGGCAACACUAUUGAAUCAAAAACCAAAGGUAUCUGGAUGUGGUGUGUUCCUCACCCUAAUAAAAAAGGACACACUCUGGUGCUGCUGGACACAGAGGGACUUGGGGAUGUAAAGAAGGGAGAUGAGAAACAUGACACAUGGAUCUUCUGUCUGGCUGUUCUUCUCAGCAGCACUCUAGUGUACAACAGCUUAGGAGUCAUUGAUAACAUGGCACUGGAAAAGCUGCACUAUGUUACAGAACUGACGGAGAACAUUCGUGUGAAGGCAGAAGAGAGUCAAGAUGAGAAUGAGUCAGCAGAUUUCAUGAGUGUUUUUCCAUCUUUUGUCUGGGCUGUUCGUGACUUCACUCUGCAACUGAAAAAGGAGGAUAAACCAAUAACAUCAGACGAUUAUCUGGAGGGUGCAUUGGAAUUAAAAAAUGGUAGCUCACCUCAGACUGUGCAGUAUAACCUGCCACGCCGCUGUCUGCGGAAUUUCUUUGCGGAGAGGAAGUGCUUUGUCUUCCCUCGACCUGCUAGUACACAAAACAUGUGGAAAAUGGAGGAGUUGACUGAGAAAGAACUGGACUCAAAGUUCCUUGAGCAGGCAAACACCUUCUGUCAUUACAUCUACAACAAUUCAGAGACAAAAACUGUCAGUGGCAGUCGUACAAUUACUGGAACAGCUCUGGGUAAUCUUGCUGAGGUUUAUGUUGAGGCGAUCCGCAGCGGGAAGAUUCCGUGUCUGGAGAACGCAGUGGUGUCUCUGGCUAAGAUCCAGAAUGUCCGUGCAGUGGAGGAGGCCCUGCAGCUCUACAUGACAGAGAUGUUCAACUCAGUUCAGCUUCCAAUGUGCCCAGAAGAGCUGUCCAACAUCCACACAGAUGCAGAGAAGGCGGCCAUUGAAGUUUUCAUCACUGUGUCCUUCAAUGACAAUUGCCAGAUCUACCAAAAAGAGCUCAUGGGAAAGAUUAAUGAUGAAUAUCAACAGAUGUGCCAGCAGAAUUAUGAUGCAUCUCGCAUGCAGUGUGAGGAAGUUCUGCAUGAUGUGUUUGAUGCAUUGGAAAAAGGAAUUUCUGACGGAUCAUACCUGAAGCCUGGAGGAUCCCAAAAGUACAUAGACAUGUUCAGACAGCUGGCAGAAGAGUACAGAGCAAGAACAGGCUCACAAAUAAUGAGUGAAGAAGUGUUGAGCAAGUUUUUGAAGACAAAAGAAAAUAUUGGAAAAAUGAUUCUACAAGCUGAUCAAUCUCUCAGUGCAGCAGAACAGGAGAAAGAGGGGGAGAAGAUGAAGACAGAGGUUCUAAAGCAGCAGAAAAAAAGCCUAAAGAAACAGAACUGGUUACAGGAGCAGAUGUUUAAAGACAUGCAGAGAACCCAUGAUGAGCAUGUGAUUCAGAUCACUCAUCAGAUGGAAAGAGAGCAGGACAGAAUGAGAAGAGACAAUAAACGAGUCCUUGAAGCCAAACUGAGAGAAAGUCAAGCUCUUCUAAAUAUGGGCUUCCAGAGGGAGGCUGCCCGGAUGCAGAGUGAGAUUAACAGACUGAAAGCAGACAUGGAUAAAGAGAAAUCAUCACAACACUCCAAAUUUGGCCAGGUUUUGAAUUGUAUCGGCAUUGCAACAACAGCCCUUGCACCAGGCUUCACCCCUAAACUGGUUGGUGUUGGUAUUUCCAUGGCAUCAAAUUUUGUUUGAAUACAAGCUUAUUCACACACACCUAAACCUAUAUAACAGUUGAAUCAGAAUUACAGCAGUUUGUCAUUCCUUUAGUCAGUGAAUUAGUCAAAUCAGUUCAUAGGCAUUGCUUACUCACAAGAUGCCAAUUAUUUUGAAAGACCAGUAUA